AUGUUUGGUACCAAAACGUUCUGGUUCAAAGCACGAAAACGAAUAUACCACGUUCAAGCCAAACUAGGACCAAUAGUAAGAAAAUUGAUUCCCAACUUCUUGGUAGCACAUUACACAUAUAUCGUAUUUUGGUGCAUAAUUGGCUCCAUUUUGAUAUACCCAAAGAAGAACAUCAAAUACAUUGAUGCUUUGUUUUUCGCUGCAGGAGCGUCGACCCAAGCGGGACUGAAUACCGUGGACACGAAUAAUCUGAGCUUAUACCAACAGAUAGUUAUUUACUGUGUGACCAUGUUGACAACUCCAAUAUUCAUCCACUCGGCCAUCGUGUUUUUGAGGCUUUUCUGGUUCGAGAAAUCAUUUGAUGACAUUAAGGAAAAGUCAAUGCAAAAUUUCAAGAUGCGUCGAUCCGCAACUCUCGCUCAGUUCAGAACACAGACAAUGGAUACUUCUAGGAGUAUACAUCAAAACAGAACCAAUACCACUGGCUUUCACAAUAAAGAUUACAAUACUCACAAUGCUUCUGAGGAUCUAGGUACAAGACUGAACAAACUCAAUCAACAGCAACAAGUAGAGGACCGAGAGCACAAAUUAGACAAAAUAUUUGAAGAUGAGUAUACUGUUCCUAUGUCCUCUAGUUCAGGUGGAUCUCCAGAGACAAAGAACCAUGAGAAAGGUCAAGAUAUAGAGCUAGCUGAUCUUUACGCAUCCCACGAUUACCCAACGGACAUGGGUGGCGUGGUACAUUACAGCGAGCCCAGUGACGAAGAGGGUGAGCAAGAAGUUCAAGUUCCCGAGACACGGUCGAGAGAUAUCAAGUUUGUGGACUUACCAAAGCCACCCAACAAAAGAAGGAAUAAGGAUGUCGAGCCACGUGAUCUAUAUAUGUCCAUUUCUAUGAUGCAACAACAAAGAGAUAAUAAUAUUGCAGAGGACGAAUCUGGGCCGGCACUAGUUAUACAAGGCCCUGCAGAAAGGACGGGAAGCAAGCUCCCGGGCCAUAUUAGCCGCCAUGAGAAGGAAAUGAAACGCAAACAGCUGAAGAAAAUCAAAAAAAUGGAGAAAAUGCAAGACGAACACCCAUCCGCUUUUUCAAAGCCUCCAAAAGAAAAGUCUAUCCAGUUUCAAGAUCCAGCCAGACCACGCAAAAGUUCAACAAUUAAAUGGGAAUCACAAACUCCUGUUCCGGAGCCCGAAGCAGCAGAGGACGAAAGUGCGUUGAGCGAUGAAAUGAAUUCAAGCUUGGAAGACGCAGGUGAUGAUCCGCUAGCCAACGAUGAUGCUCUGAGCGAUGAGGAAAAUGGAGUGGGUUUUCGCCAUGUGGGGAGAACACAGUCUCAUGUCAUGGCGGUACCACAUGGAAAACAUGGAACCAAACUUGAUCGAAGGGCCCAUACUUUUGAUGUGCCAGUAGAGAAGAAACCGGAAUCGCACAAGAAAGGUGUCAAUAUAGUGAAGUCGCCAACUUUCGAUAAGAUGCUACGCAAAAAUAUGAAAGAUAAGUACAACAGAUUCACCAGAAUCGGGAGACGUUUUACAUCUUCUCGUACGGGCCAUUUCAAUGCCUUCACGGAUGAUAUCGAGACUUUAUCAGAUAAUGAUCUUGCUAGUUUAUAUUCAAGGUCUAGCAAACAUGCCCCGCCGAACUAUCUGUCCUGGACACCAACCAUUGGCAGAAAUUCCACUUUUGUGGCGUUAACAGAUGAACAGAAGGAAGAGUUAGGUGGUGUGGAAUACCGUGCUUUGAAAUUGCUCAGUACCAUUCUAGUUUCCUACUACAUUGGCUUCCACCUCGUGGGAAUCAUAUGCUUUGUUCCUUUCAUAACGAAGAGAAUGAAGUAUUUAAAUAUAAUUAGAAGCGACGGCGUCGCCCCCGCUUGGUGGGGAUUUUGGUAUCCCCAAACAUGUUUUAACGAUUUGGGAAUUACCCUUACCCCUGACUCAAUGUUGUCAUUCAAAGAGAACGCAUUUACUUUGAUUAUAGGAGGAUUCUUGAUCGUUGCUGGAAAUACAGGAUUUCCAAUCUUUCUUCGAUUCAUCAUUUGGGUACUACAUCGCUUCUCCAAGCCACUCACGCUGUACAAAGAGUCAUUGGCGUUUUUAUUAGAACACCCGAGAAGAUGCUUUACGUUACUGUUUCCGUCGGGGCCUACAUGGUGGCUGCUUUUUGUGCUGGUUGUGUUGAACUGCAUAGACUGGUUGCUUUUCAUCAUUCUGGAUUUCAACAAGAGCGUCUUGGAAAGCGUGAGACCGGGAUACCGCGUCUUGGAUGGACUUUUUCAGGCUAUAUCCACUAGGACAGCAGGCCUGUCAGUGGUGGAUUUGUCUCGGUUGAGUCCUGCUGUACAGGUGAGUUAUCUCGUGAUGAUGUACAUCUCUGUCAUGCCGUUGGCAAUAUCUAUUAGAAGAACCAAUGUCUACGAGGAACAGUCCUUGGGUGUUUAUUUUGACAAUAACGACGUUAGUUCCACAAACAAUGCGGACGAUAACAAUAACAAUAAUCAAAACGGGAAAAGCAACCAGACGAUAUCUUUCAUCGGCACACAUUUGCGCAAACAACUGUCUUUUGAUUUGUGGUUCUUGUUUCUUGGUCUGUUCAUCAUAUGCAUUUCGGAGGGUGGAAGAUUGAAUCAAGGUGAUAUACAUUUCACUAUUUUCAGCUGUCUUUUUGAAAUCACUUCCGCUUACGGUACUGUGGGCUUGAGUCUGGGUUACCCAAACACAACUCCCUCCUUUUGCGGUCAGUUCAACACUUUAUCUAAAGUGGUGCUCAUUAUCAUGAUGGUGAGAGGUAGACAUAGAGGUUUGCCUUACGCAAUAGACAGAGCUAUCAUGCUUGAGACCGACAAGAUCAAAAUGCGGGACGAUUUGCAAGCCCACCAUACUCUGAGACGGGCUCAAACUAUGCUUUCAAUGCCGACAUAUGCAUCAUCGCACCAUGGCCCUUUGCUGAGGGUCAAUACAACUCGAAACGAGGGAUUCGAUACGAGCAACAUCUGGCCAUUUUUGAAAAGGAAAGCUUCUGCGGUGGCUGGAGAAUUUAGAAGAAACUUGCAAACAAGGACUUAUGGUUCUGAGGAUGAAGAGGCCCUAGAGUUUGAUGAUGAGUCUGUUCCUUCAUACAACGGCUACAGAGAAGCGGAAAAUAACGAAAGGAAUGUGAUGGACAGAAAUAUAAAUGAAAGAUCUUCAUUGUCGCCAACUGGACCCGCAUCCGCAGACCCAUCUUCUAAGCCCAACCGCCACAAUUCACUUUAA